AUGAAAGAUUUUGAGUUCUUUAAUACCAAUAAUAUCAAAGGAGAUGAAAAUUGGAUAGAAUUGGAUCACGAUGACACUGAAAAUAAUGUUUUUGGGUUGGAUGUAUACAAUAACAAUGAUAGUAACAAAAUAUCAUACAACAACAACAACAACAACAACAACAAUAAUAAAAUACCUGUUUCAAAAUCAAUAUCAUCUUUUGAAUCUGCCUCUAUCAUCUCACAUUUGGGGGUUUCCAAUAGGUUUGGAAAUUCUUUAUUAAACGAACUGGAUGAUAGAGCUAGAUUAAAAGAAGCAGAGUUAAACCAAGAAAAUAAAGAUGUUUUUAAUAAUAGGGAUUCUUUCUCUGCUAUGGGUGGUACAACCCUUGGAAGGAGAAAAAAGAGAUAUAGUGAUUUACAUAAGAAAAGAUUUCAAAAUAUGGCUUCUAUAGAUGCCAAAUAUACCGAAUCACUUGAUAAUAAUAAUGGAAUAAUAUUAAAACAACACAAAAAACAAAAUAAUAUUGAUAAAACUUACAUCUCAACUUUUGAAAAAUUGCACCAACUAGGAGAUCCAGCAAAUAUUAAUCAAAAUAGUAAAAAAUCUAAUGAUAACUCGGAUAAGUAUCAAUUUAAUAAUAACGAUUCAAUGAACAGUAGUGAUAGCGAUAAUAACAAUAACAGCAGUUCAGUGAUUCUUAUAGAUAAUACCCAACAUAUACUGGAUUAUAAAAAUAGAAAAAUACCUCAUAGUAAUUAUAAGGGAACUAGUAGCUCUGCAACGGCCAAUAAAAGAAUGAUUUCUUUGAAAAACCAGUAUAAUUACGAGCAUAGCUUGCCCUUGAGGAAGCAUGGAAUUUCCUCCACUACUGUUGAUGUAGAAAGAGAUAUAUAUAUCAUAGAUAAUGAUGGAAAUGCUGAUGCUAUAAAGGAGGACAUUUUUCAACGUGGUGAUAUUCAAAUAUACGAGGAACAAACAAGUACAACUAUCUACAAUAGCGAAAACAAUAAUACCAGCAGUAACAGUAUAGAAUCUUCCAUUGAUCUGCUCAGUAAUGAUGGUGAAAAAAGAAGAGAUUCUAGGAGGUUGUCUAAAAGAUUAAAUGAUAUAGAUAUUGUUAGUUCGAAGAAAAGGUUUAGAGAUUCAAAGGGAAAAGGAAGGGAAAGUGAUGUUUUUAUAAGUCCUAUGAAAGACAUAACUAAAAGAAUUCAAAGGUUAAGACUAAGUAUGAAUAGUAAUGGCACAUCAAUGACUAAGGAAAAGAAUAUUAAUAAGUAUAACAAUAUGCAGUUAGACAGUGCUCAUAAUAAUGAUAAUUUUAUUGGCAAUAGCAGUGACAAAAAUGAUAAUAAAUCCAUAAACAAACUUAAUCUUAAUUAUGAAUCAAAUUUAAUUAUGAAUAGGGACAUAACCAGUUUUCCUUUACAUAUUGGAAAUACCGCGAAUGGUGGUACAGAUAUACACGACUUCAAGUUUAACAUAAAUACUAAUGGCAAAGUGCCUGUAGCAAUAUCUGGAAACAAUAGUGGAAAUAGUACCAAUGGCAAUGCAGUGGAACAUAUUGGCGCUAAUGCUUUUAAUAUGAAUGUCAGUAAUAGGAGCAUCAGUAACAGAAGUGUUAGCAAUAGAAGUAGCAGCAAUAGAAAUGCAUCAAGAACUUCUGGUCAAACCAGAAUACCCAGCUUUGCCAGACCCACUUUUACUUCCCAAAUUAAAUCAGAUACUACUAACAAUGAGUAUGGCACUUUGGAUCCUGGCAGAACCCAAUCCCAUUUUUGGGAAGUUGCUUCAAAUAAUAUUAAAAAUAAUACAAACGCUAAAACCACUAGUGAUAUUGUAUUCAGGAAACCUCUUUACAACUCCACGAAAACUGUUGUUCCACUGUCCACAAAGAAAAAGCCAUCUAUAUCUAGAACCUCCUCUUUUCAUUCGGUUAGCACGAACGACAGGCCGCUUACCCCGCCGCAACAAAAAAUGGAUGUUAAUUUAGCGCCGCUCAAUCCCAACCUGAACAACAGUAAAGUAACUUCAGCAUCUAGCUCUGGAAGCAUUCGGCAUUUAGAGAAUUAUCCAAGUGUUUUUGAAAGGCUUUAUAACACAAGUACAUUUGCAUACAGUAAUAAUCACAAUUUUGGCGCAAUUUCUACCGAUACAACUAUUAACAACGAUGAUAACAACAAUAGGUCACCUGGUAAAAUCACUAGAAGCAAAACUAUGGGAAGUAUUGAAAGUCCAAAGAAAAUUUCAAGUUCCGGCUCAACCAAAUUAAAUGUAAGAAGAAGUCAAACCACUAAAAUCCCAAAAAGCUUAUCUGCUCGUAAUUUAAUUAGUGAAUCUGCAUCUAGCAACAACGUUGCCGGCAAACCUACAUGGAAAUAA